AUGGGAGUUGAUGUUGCAAAAAGAAGUCAGGAAAGUUCUUGUGGAUCAAUAGAAGUUCAGGAUUUGUCAUUUUCAUAUGUCAGGAAGAUGUCUGUUAUUAGUUGGGUCCCUCCAUCUUCUUCUGCAAUGCAUCCUGCACAUCCUACAAUAGCAACUUCUUUAGAUGAAAAUAAGGAGGAAAAUGGAAAUAAAGAAGAGUUGAAAGAAAAUUCUAAGGGCACUGAGAAUGUUAUAGACGAAUCUAGUAUUAGGGAUGAUAUGAAUAGCGCAGAAGAGCAAAAUAGAAUAGAUGGGGUUAUAGAUUUGAGUGGUCAAAAUGAUAUAUCUACUUUUAGCAACCAGGCACGUGCACCACCCUUGUCUACACCUGUGCAAUCCAAGCGGGUUAUGUUGAUGUUUAAUCGCAUAUUUAUGUCUUCUGAAAAAGAUUCAGAUUCUCAUAAAUUAAAGAAACAUGAAAAGGAUAAGGCUGAGUCGAAUGGUAAAGUAACUGGCACAAAUGACAAAACAUCUGUGCUUCCAAAGGUUUCUGAAGCAAGUGUGAAUGAAAAUCAAGACCCUUUGAAAACAAGUAGUGAUCGGAUUAUCCGGACUGUUUCUGAUCGUUUUACUUUAUUAAUAGACGGUACACAUUUUCAUACUCUUCGAAGAGUUCGACGUGAAGAAAAACUUCGUUCAAUGCUUCGUGAUUUUCUUGGCGGGAAUGCCAAGAAAGAAGCGCGUAUGUGUGCUCUUGAUAAUACUCCGCAAGCAAAUAAUCUAAGUCUCAUUAAUGGUUGCAUGAAUAAAAUGAAAUCAGAAAGAUCAGAUUUGUCUAAAAAAGAGAAGGAUUACACAAAUACAAGUGCUAGUUUGGUUCAGAAGUAUGGAAAAUGUCAUGAAGUAAUAGGAAAAGGUGCAUUUGGAGUGGUACGUAUUUCUCAUAAGGCUGAUCCUGAGAAUGCACAUGCUGAGCAAUUGUAUGCUAUUAAGGAGUUUCGUCGACGUCCUUCAGAAUCUACAAAGAAGUAUACUAAACGCUUGACUUCUGAAUUUUGUAUUUCAUCUUCUUUGCGACAUCCGAAUGUUAUUCACACUCUUGAUCUUUUGCAAGAUUCUAAAGGGGAUUAUUGUGAAGUUAUGGAAUUUUGUGCUGGUGGUGAUUUGUAUUCUUUAAUUCUCGCAUCUGGAAAACUUGAUAUGAUAGAAGCCGAUUGUUAUUUUAAACAAUUAAUGCGAGGUGUAGAGUAUAUGCAUGAGAUGGGAGUUGCACAUAGGGAUUUGAAACCUGAAAAUCUUCUUUUAACACAUAAUGGUGCCCUUAAAAUCACUGAUUUUGGAAAUGGUGAAUGUUUUAGGAUGGCAUGGGAAAAAAAGGCACAUCUAACAUGUGGGCUUUGUGGAUCCAUACCAUAUAUUGCUCCAGAGGAGUAUACAGAUAAGGAAUUUGAUCCUCGUGCUGUAGAUGUUUGGGCAACGGGUGUAAUUUACAUGGCAAUGCGUACGGGACGCCAUUUAUGGCGAGUAGCUAAGCAGGACGAGGAUGAUUUUUAUGAUAAGUAUCUUGAAGAAAGAAAAAAUAAAGCAGGUUAUGAGCCUAUUGAGUCUUUGCAAAGGACGCAUUGUCGGAAUGUCAUUUACUCUAUCCUUGAUCCUUCACCCGAACGUCGUAUUUCAGCUAAACAUGUUCUUCGUACUGAGUGGGGAAAAGAAAUUUUGGUCUGUAAAGCAGGAGAAGUUGGGUUUUGA